AUGGGGUUAGCUAGAAAUGGUAAUAUAAGAAGUGGUGAUUCUUUAGAAGGUAUGUUGAGUGAUUAUAUGGGAGGAAAAGCAGCAAAAAUGAGAUCACAAAAAGGUUCUUCAACUAAAGUUGUGACAAUAUUAACUUGUUUACAGUUUUCUUUUGCUGUUUAUGCAACAUUUCUUCUGUAUUACAUGAGUCCAUCAAUAGAUUUAAGUACUAAACCAGAUUUUACUUGGGCUACGCGAAUAGCUCAGUCGUGGAAACACUUCAUUAUACCUCCACAUGUUGUUAGUCAUGUUGUGCAGCAAAAGUCAGUUGUUAGUCCUUCUGAUGUUUGUGAACAUGAGAAGAUUGAUUUUGAACAAAAGAAGUCUAAUGAUGCACUUAUGAUCAAGUUGAAGACAGAGUUGUAUCAAGAAUUGAGGGAUUUUCAGAACAAGAAUCUUGGUGGUACUGAGACACUUUCUGAGUUGAUGUUAAUGAAGUCGAAAUGGGAUUUACGCGGUCCAAACAAGCCGAAAAUCACUGUGAUCUUGAAUCAUUUCAAGAGGAAAACUUUGUGUGCUCAGAUUGAUUCUUUACUUGGACAAACACUUCAGUUUCAUCAUGUUUGGGUUGUCGCGUUUGGAAGUCCUAAUGAGGAAUCACUCAAGAGGAUCGUAGAUAGUUACAAUGACUCGCGUAUAAGUUUUAUCAGUUCGUCUUAUGAUUUCAAGUACUAUGGAAGGUUUCAAAUGGCUUUGCAAACAGAAGCUGAUCUUGUGUAUAUCGUAGACGAUGACAUGAUCCCUGGGAAGAAAAUGUUGCAGAUUUUAGCACAUGUUGCAGGGACAGAAAAGUAUAUGAAUUCUGUUUUGGGAAGUAUUGGUAGGAUUUUGCCUUUUAGACAGAAAGAUUUCAUUUUUCCGAGCUAUAGGAAGUUUCGAUCCAAGGAGGCAGGGCUUUAUUUGCCUGAUCCUGCUUAUAAUAUCACUGUGGAUAGAAUUGUUCAAGCGGAUUUCCUCUCGAGUUCUUGGUUUCUUUCUGCUGAACUUGUCAAGACACUCUUCAUCGAGACGCCCUUCACUUUCAUGACAGGAGAAGACUUACAUUUAAGCUAUCAGCUUCAGAAGUAUAGAAAUGCUGGUUCAUUUGUGCUACCAGUUGAUCCAAAUGACAAAGAAACAUGGGGUGACAGUGAGCACAGACUUGCUUAUGUAUCCGAAACCACUGUUAUAUUCAAGGACACGGUUCAAGUCCGAGAUGAUCAGUGGUGGAAAGCACUCUCCACUGGUUACAUAACGCAAUGGGCAGCGAUGAAUCCUCAGAAGAUUGAUGUACUUUUCUACGCCCAUUCUGUCGAUGAAGUUAAAGCUCUCGCGCCUCUUCUUGAAAAGUUCAGAUCAACAGUUGGAAAAAAGGCCUACAUUGUUGUCUCAGGAGGCAGUUUCUGCCCUUGUGAAGAUGCUGCUGCAGCUUUGAAAUGGCCUAAAAUAGUAUGCACAGAAAGGAGGUUCAAGAUUAUGGAUUUAGGCGUUGGUGCUGUAUCCGGGAUAUCAAAUUCAGAAGUCCCCGUCGUUCAAGCAGUCUAUGCCAGCAUGAAAGGACUAAUCAAGAUUCAUAACCCGAGCCUCGUGAUCACAGUAGCUGAUGCAGAUUCUAAUGUGAUGAAAGCACUCAAGAUGGCUACCGAAGCUAACACAAACAGUUCAAAAUUGGUUCUUCUACCUAGAUCAUCGGUCACUAAGGUUCUUUGGAUGGCUGAUCUUCGUUCCACAGCUUUGCCAAAUUGGAACCGUAUGACGCUUUCUAUAAACAUCAUCACACAGAACAGAGCUAAUUCACUAGCAAGGCUUCUCAAGGCGCUCAGUGACGCGUACUAUAUUGGUGAUGAAGUUCCUAUAACUUUCAACAUGGAUAGUAAGGUAGAUGAGGCAACUAUAAAGCUUGUUAACUCAUUCAAUUGGCCUCACGGAACCAAAACUCUUCGACGAAGGAUCAUUCAAGGAGGCCUAAUUCGAGCUGUUAGUGAGAGUUGGUACCCCUCAUCGGAUGAUGAUUUUGGUCUCUUACUCGAAGAUGACAUCGAAGUUUCCCCUUACUAUUACCUAUGGAUCAAAUAUGCUCUCUUAGCCUACCACUAUGACCCUCAAAUAUCACUCCCUGAGCUCUCCUCCAUCUCUCUUUACACGCCACGUUUGGUGGAAGUUGUUAAAGAAAGGCCUAAAUGGAAUGCAACUGACUUCUUCAAACACAUACAUCCAAACACACCAUAUCUCCAUCAGUUGCCUUGCAGUUGGGGCGCGGUGUUUUUCCCUAAGCAAUGGAAGGAAUUCUACGUCUACAUGAACAUGAGAUUCACGGAAGAUCCAAAGCAAAAUCCAGUACAGAUACCAAAAUCAAGAACUAAUGGAUGGCAAGCGUCUUGGAAGAAGUUCUUGAUAGACAUGAUGUACUUAAGAGGUUACGUUAGCCUUUAUCCGAACUUCCCAAAUCAAAUGAGCUUUUCAACAAACCAUAUGGAACCAGGAGCUCACAUUGCAGCUAAGAACAAUGUAGUUAAACAUAACAAAGCGGAUUUUGAGGUACCACUACUAAAAGAAGACUUCAAGAACCUAUUGCCUAAUGGGAAAAUGCCUCAAGCUUCGAAGCUACCUUCGUUAAACCUCUUCAAUCAACCUGUUUCAUUGAAAGGCUUGAAGACAGCAGGAGCGAAACUAGGUACAGACGUACUUCAAUGCAGUCCAACGGAGAUAGUCUCCGUUCACCACGAUACAGGUUUACCAUCACAUUGUGCAAGAUUCUGAUUACAGAUUACAAUUUUUUUGUUUGUGUCCAUGUUACAUUAUUAUGUGUUAAGAGAAAAAAAUGAGGCUUUAAUGUAGCAGCCAAAAGUGGCUAUCUGUAUUCUCUUUGUUAUGCCUAAAUCUUGUUAUCAAUCAAAGAAAUGAAACAAAAAAUUCACUCAAAAGCA